AUGCAUGAAAUCAUUACUAUCUCGGCAUCUCAUAGAGCCAAUCAUCUAACCACUCAAUUCUUCAAUUGUCAAGAAGAAUUACUCUACCUUCCUGAAGAAAGACCAAAUGAUCCAACUAUAUUUUUGAACCCGACAAUAGACAAGAUAUCUAAAACAGCCACAUAUUCACCAAGAGCCAUUCUAUGGGAUGCUCGUAAUGGUAAUGGGUCAUUAGCUGAUUAUCAAUAUGUCCCAGAAACGGAGGAUUAUCAUUUCCGUCCCAGAGGUGACGACCAUGGAGAACAAUCAAAGCAAUCGGAUUCAAAUAAUCAUCAAGUUAUGGUGACACAUCCAAGGAUUAAUCAAUCAGAAUAUCAAAUUGCAUUGGAUCAGAAUAAACCACUACCGAAAUUAACUAAGGAAAAUACUAAAUAUUGGUCUGAUUAUAACAAAUUAAUUUAUCAAGCGGGCAAUUGUCGAACUUUAACGAAUUGGUAUCAUGAUGCUGAACAUCCCAAUUUACCAGAUUAUCAAAAUUUGAAGAAGAGGGAAUUUGACCAGUUCCAAAUGGGUAUUGAUGAAUUUGAAAAUUACUGUAUGGAUGACUUCUUUGAUGAAAGUUUAAGAAUUCAAUUAGAAAACUGUGAUACAGUUCAAGGUUUUAAUUUAAUUACAGAUUUUGAUAGUGCUUGGGGUGGAUUUUCAUCCAGAUUAUUGGAAGAGUUAAGAGAUGAGCUCCCUAAAACUACUAUCUUUACCUGGGGGUUCCAUGAACAAGAUAUGUUUUGCUCCCUUCCAAAACUUAGAGGUGGAAGUGUGGUGAAUAAGAUCAGAACUACAAUAGCUUUAGGGAGGGAAUCGAAUAUAGUAUUUCCUUUAUGGGCUCAGCCAGAUUUGUACACCAACUGGGAAAUAGCUGGUAAUCUGUGCAAAGUACUUGAUACAGUGACUUCAGUUUCUGGACAGAAGCAUUCUGACUAUAAUAGAAGCAUGAGUUACUUAGAGACAUCAUUAACAUUAGGUGAUGACCGUAAAAAAUAUGUCUCUGAUUUAUAUGACGUCCAAGAUGAUGAUUACUAUUCGUAUUAUUCGAUGGUGAAGCCGCUUGCUAAGUCUCGUGAUAAACCAUAUCAUGAUUUUACUGUUUGCAAAAUCAAUCGAAUAGGACAGAUACCUCCUACCAAGGAAGAACAGAUGGGAGCUGUAACAAAGGGGAAAAAGAUAAACGAGUUAUAUACAUACAGCUACUAUCCAUCUGACACAAUACCUGAUGAAUAUAAGAAAAAUAACUCUUUCCAACUAGAGAUUAAAAACACUGAGAAAUCGAGGGACGUAUUUAAAUAUUAUGAAGAUUUUGUUUCGAAACAUUUAAGGUUUGCUGAUGAUAGAGAAGAAUUAAAGGAUGAGCUAUCGACAUUGGCUACAGAAUAUGAAUCAGGAUGGUAUGAUGAAGAAGACUCCGGUGAUGAUGAUGCUUAA